AUGUUCUCCCGUGCCCUCAGCAGAACGCCUCUCAGGCGCUUCUACCUCCCCACGCAGCAGGCCGUCACGCGCGUGCCGCGCGCGUCGCCAAUGCUGUACCACACGCUUUCCGGCACCAAGGUCGCCAAGAGUAUUCGCGACGAGGCGCUCCGCGAGAUCGAGCAGAUCAAGGCGCGCGUGCCUGCGUUCGCGCCCAUGCUCAAAAUCUUCCAGGUCGGCGCUAGACCAGACUCCAACGCGUACGUCCGGAUGAAGCUCAAGGCCUCCAAGGAGAGCGGCGUCGCGUGCGACGUCGAAAAGCUGCCCGAGGACAUCUCCGAGGUAGAGCUGCUCAACAAGAUCGACCAGGUCAACAAGGACGACUCGGUGCACGGCGUGCUCAUCCAGCUGCCGCUGCCCAAACACCUCGACGAGACGAAGAUCACCAACUCGGUGCUCUACUCCAAGGACGUUGACGGCUUCCACCGCUACAACGCGGGCGAGCUGUCCAAGAAGGGCGGCGAACCCAAGUUCAUUCCGUGUACGCCCAACGGCUGCAUCAGGCUGCUGCAGGAGGCCGGCGUCGACCUGAAGGGCAAGAACGCCGUCGUCCUGGGCCGCUCCGACAUCGUCGGCACUCCAGUUUCCUCGCUGCUGAAGAACCUGGACGCGACCGUCACUGUGUGCCACAGCCGCACGGCCGAUCUGCCAGGCAUCCUGUCCAAGGCCGACGUCGUGGUUGCGGCUUGCGGAAAAGCCAACUACGUGAAGGGCGAGUGGCUCAAGGACGGCGCGGUUGUCAUUGACGUGGGCAUCAACUACAUCCCAGACGCCUCCAAAAAGUCCGGCCAAAGGCUUGUGGGCGACGUUGACUUCGAGUCUGCCAAGCACAAGGCCUCCUACAUCACGCCUGUGCCCGGUGGUGUUGGCCCCAUGACCGUUGCCAUGCUUGUCCAAAACGUCCUGCUUGCCGCCAAGAGACAGCUCUCAGAGGGCAACAAGCUGCCCAAGAUCACCCCGCUUCCCAUCAAGCUUCUGAACCCGGUCCCCUCCGACAUUGAUAUCUCGAGAGCCCAGGUUCCUAAGAAGAUCGACGUUGUCGCCGAAGAGCUGGGCAUCCAACCCAAUGAGGUCGAGUUGUUCGGCCACUACAAGGCCAAGAUCUCUCCUGGUGUUUUGAAAAGACUUGAGUCCAACAAAAAUGGAAAGUUCGUACUGGUUGCCGGUAUCACCCCAACUCCAUUGGGUGAGGGAAAAUCAACCACUACUAUGGGUCUUGUCCAGGCUCUGACCGCGCAUCUUGGCAAGCCUUCGAUCGCUAACGUCCGCCAACCAUCUAUGGGCCCAACUUUCGGCGUGAAGGGAGGCGCUGCUGGCGGUGGCUACGCGCAAGUCAUUCCAAUGGACGAGUUCAACUUGCACUUGACUGGUGACAUCCACGCAAUUUCCGCCGCCAACAACUUACUUGCGGCGGCCAUUGACACCCGUAUGUUCCAUGAGUCCACGCAAAAGAAGGAUGCCACUUUCUACAACAGGCUAGUUCCUAAAAAGAAGGGAAAGCGCGUCUUUACGAAGUCCAUGGUCAAAAGACUAGAAAAGUUGGGUAUUUCCAAGACAAAUCCUGACGAUUUGACUCCAGAAGAGAUCAAGCGCUUCGCGCGGCUCGACAUUGACCCUGAGACCAUUACAAUCAAGAGAGUCGUGGACGUCAACGACCGUAUGCUACGUCAAAUUACAAUUGGUCAAGCCCCAACUGAAAAGGGCUUUACGAGAUCUACUGGAUUUGACAUCACUGUUGCUUCGGAACUAAUGGCUAUCUUGGCCCUGUCGAGAGACUUGAAAGACAUGAGACAAAGAGUUGGACGCAUCGUUAUCGGCGCUAACCGCGACGGUGAGCCUGUGACCGCUGAAGACGUUGGGUGUGCCGGCGCCAUCACGGCGCUACUGAAGGACGCUAUCAAGCCUAACUUGAUGCAAACUUUGGAGGGUACCCCAGUUCUUGUCCAUGCAGGUCCUUUUGCCAACAUUUCUAUCGGAGCUUCCUCUGUCAUUGCUGACAGAGUCGCUUUGAAACUGGUUGGUAAGCCCAAAGCUUUGGAGGAAAGUGCUGAAACUGGUUACGUCGUUACCGAAGCAGGUUUCGACUUUACUAUGGGCGGAGAACGUUUCUUCAAUAUUAAGUGCCGUUCCUCUGGUUUGACCCCUAACGCUGUUGUCCUCGUUGCUACUGUUAGAGCCCUAAAGCUACACGGCGGAGCACCUGACGUGAAGCCCGGUCAGUCCUUGCCCUCUGAAUACACUGAGGAGAAUGUGGACCUCGUCACUAAGGGAGCAGCCAACUUGUGCAAGCAGAUCGCUAACGCCAAGCAAUUCGGCGUGCCAGUGCUUGUGGCUAUCAACAAAUUCGAGACGGACACUGAGGCGGAGAUUGAGGCUAUAAGAAAGGCUGCUAAGGAAGCUGGCGCCUUCGAUGCUGUCGCUACCAACCACUGGGCCGAAGGUGGAAAGGGAUCCAUCGACCUGGCGCAUGCCGUGGUUAAGGCUACUGAGCAACCUACAAACUUCAAGUUCCUGUACGACGUUGACCAGUCUGUUGAGGAGAAACUCACCGCCAUUGUGCAAAAAAUGUACGGUGGCGCCAAGAUUGAUAUACUUCCCGAGGCGCAAAGGAAAAUCGACAUGUACAAGCAACAAGGAUUCGGCAACCUGCCAAUUUGUAUUGCAAAGACCCAGUACUCUUUGUCCCAUGACGCCUCUUUGAAGAACGUUCCUACUGGCUUCACUUUCCCAAUUCGGGAUGUUAGAGCUUCGAUUGGUGCUGGCUACCUGUAUGCAUUGGCCGCUGAGAUUCAGACAAUUCCAGGCCUUUCUACUUUCGCUGGUUACAUGAACGUCGAAGUUAACGAAGACGGCGAGAUUGACGGUCUAUUCUGA